CUGCGCUCCCUGGCAGGUCCUGAAGCCAUUUCGAGAAGUGAUGAGCUGUUGCGAAUCUUCCUGCUGGCGUGCGACACAAGGCAGCCGCGGCUGUGCGCCUUGGGAUUGUCGUGCGUGCAGAAGCUGGUGGCCAACAACGCAGUGCCGCCUGCUGCCUUACCUGAUAUACUGACCACGCUCAGAGAG